AUGCUGUCAAACGGAAAGGCGGAUAUCCGUGAUCGGUCUAAAUCGAAUGAGAAGGAACAUGAUGCACGGAAUGAAUGUUGUUCCUUUGUUUCAUCGCAUAGAAGUUUUGUUUUGCCCAAGUCUGAAGAUAGAGAUAGAUAUGAAUCAUCCGCUGUGGAAGGAGAUGCGGCACUUGCCAUUUCAUCCCUAGCCUUCGUCUCGUAUAGGACAUUAGUUCAGGUCAGCCCCUUGGUUUGCUUCUUGAACUUGAACGACCGGUUGUUGAGUCUUAUUCCCCCAUAUGAUCUGAGAAAGCCUCUUCUUCGUAAGAAAGCUAGGGCUAAAGCUCAGGGAUGGAAGCCAAAACAAAGCGAAAGAAAACAACAUUCAAAGUGGAAUGUCUAA